AUGUCGGAGAUAUGCAAGGACUUUGGCCGGUUUCAGGAGCGGGUCACCCAUCGUUUCCGCUGCUGGCAUGCCGGACAGGCCGGAAAUGGCUUUGUUCCUCUGCCAGUUCUUCCUCCUGUUCCCCCCACUGCCGCUCCAAAGCUGCAGAGGAAUGGCAACUCGCGAAGACUUGUGCCAGCGAAAUGGUUGAAGCCAGACUCAGGGACCGUCACCUCAAGCAGUACGCAAGUCCGCAGUCCCACCUUGGAUUUCCUGCGGCAAAGCAUGGAGGAUGAGGCAGAACCAGAGUUGGCGCAUUCACCGGUGUCGGUCAAGGACAUGACUAUGAGCAGCAGCAUCAUGAGCAGCUACUCCUCCUGCAACCGGAGUCAACCGCACGGUAUCUUCCGCGAGGCGUCGUGGGAGGAGUCCGUGUACAGCGAGAAGCCCCUCCCCUUGCUGCGAUGCCCACCGGAGUUCCAAGAGCCGCACCGGAUGCCAAACUGUGACACCUUCACGUCCAGUCCGGAGUUCUUGUACCUCCGAGUGUGCGAACUCUCGGGGCAAUUGCCCUGUAGCGAGGACCCUGCUGAGUGUAAGCACGAUGAAGACGAAUUGAUCAGGCAAGUUCCCUUGCUGCUUGAGCGUAUGAACGACGCCGCUGCUGAAUUGAACAGGUUGGAACUGGAGCUGACCGGAGCAGAAGCCAAGCACAAGAAUGCUCUGGUGACCUGGAGCCAUCUCUACGAUGAGUUGCGCUCGCGCCAUGGUAGCGUCAGCGGUGCUAUGGACCACGCAAAGCCUUACUUUGAUACCCUUCACAAGUGCCAGGCUGCCACAGGCGUUGCCCGGGAGGCCAAACGACAGUGGAAGCUGCAGCGUGUGAACCUAAAAGCAGAGGAGCAGAAGGAGGCGCCAGAGGCGCAGAUGCUUCGCACCCUGCGACAAGAUGUUCAAAGCUGCGAGGGUGAAUUUCAAGCUGCCAGUAAGGCUCUCAAGAGCGCCAUGGCAGAGUUGCAAGCGCAGCGCCAGAAAGUUGGAACAGCCACCAUUGAGAGCGCCCGCCCCUGCUUCAGCUCUUUGAAAAGACUACAGCUGGAUUUGGUGGCGGCGCAGGAAGAUGUGGCGAGGCUCACUCUUGGAAUCCGAGAGGCCAAAGCUGAUUAUAAGGCUUGCAAUCAGCCUCGUUUGCAGCGGAUCCCUUCUCCCAUCCUUAUUUUUCUGCAUCCUUUUGUUGCGUUGGCGACACUGCCUUUAGCGGCAGCCUUUGCUGCCUUGCAGAUUGGCAAGGCAGUUUUCCUGCAGCUGGCAGCACUGCCAAUGGAGCCAGGGAACCAAGAAGACAAUGGCCAAAAGGGUUGGUCAGAAUGUUUGGGGUCAUCCUUCGGGGGAGUAGCAGAUUCAGAUGCCAACCCCAAACACGAGGCACCCUCUGCUGCAUACGCUGUGGCUGCUGUGGACCACGAUAUCCCUGAGGGAUCCUUUGACAAAGCGGAAGAAUCUGCCUACUGCAAAUUAUGGACAUUCAAGCGGCCUUCAAAGCCUGUGUUGAAUUGGUCUUCACUGAUGAACAGCUCUUCCUCCGGCUUCCUUCAGCCCAUUGCGAGAGAGAUUGAUGAUUACUUGCUGGCCUGGCAGCAUCGGAUGUGGAAUGCCAAAGGCGACUUCGUCAGUAACUUUCCGACCUUCCUGGUGGCGCAAGAGUGGCGUGAGUGGGCAAUGACCGAGCUUCCGCGAAUCGAAGCCCCGCAUAUGGAGUACAAAGAGAUGCUGGAUCGGCGUCUCAGAUGGAUUGCCAAUGCUAGGGAAGUUGCCAGGACCGAGAUUAUGGACCUGCGGAGCGCUGUGGGUUGGGAUGAGACCGAUGAAUUGUCCCUCCUGGUGGUUUUGCGACAGCACGUGGGUCGUCAACUCCGCCUGGUCCACGACAGAUGGUCGAGCUACCAACUGCAGCUGUCAUUUGAAAAGCAGGCGGACAUGAUGAAUGGCUUCCUGACCCAGUUUGUGCGAUCUGGAGCCAACUUCUUGAAGAGGAUCCUGAGACAGGAUAAAGUGAACGACAAGGACUUCCUUAAUGUCGUUGAAAGUGGAAAUAUCUUGAGUCAGCCGUGCGGCUUUUGUUCGAGCUAUAAAAAGUGGGAGGCUCAUGCCUUGGACCGUGAGCUCGAAAAAUGGAUUGAAGAGGUGGCACUCUUCGAUCCGCAAUUUCCCAGCAAGUCCCGAACUCUCUUUUUCUCAGGGAAACGCUUGAAGGAACUGGAGGAUGGUACCUCCAAGGUUCGUCCGCUACAGCCGUUGAGCCCCUUCGCGAAAUGGGAUGAGAGUCGGCUUGAUUUUACCGAACGGGAAAUGGCAAAUGAAGUGUUGAAAGGAUUGAAGGCAGACCAGUUCGGCCUCAAGGAGCACGAGUUCAAAGUCAUGGUGCAGCGCGCUGUCACGAUGCUGUCUGCCCUCAAGUAUUGCACUGUCAGCCUCAUGGUCAUCGAGUCCCUCAAGCACUUUGCACGCUUGGGAGGAGCCCUCUUCCUUGCAGAAAAGAUGAGUUCAGAUCACGUGGUGGAAAUCAUGAAAUUCGUGGGUUUGUCCCUCGACUCUGCGGAGAGCGACCUCAUUGCUGUGGCUGACACUGCCCAGGCUGGUUGGUCCAACCUGCGGCGGGGAGAUUAUCAAUCUAACUGGUCCAACACAUCUCCAGUAGACAAUGUGAGAGCGGCCCUUCACGUCAAAACAGAUAUGGUCAAGAUGGCCAGGGACGCACGAGAAACUGUGAAACUCGUGCAGGCUGAAGCCACGAAAGCUGAAAAGGUGGAGGCUUCUGAUGUCGAGGAGAAGCUGGAGAGCGAGCUGAAAUUCCACCUUCAGCUUUGGCAGCUCAUCAGCAAGCACUUUGAGAAGACUGCACGAAAAGGUGAGGAAAAGCAACAGGCCUUCAGUGCAGCAUCCGGAGAACCAGGAGAAGAUCCAAAUGACAAGGUCACCUGGCAGAAGGCGUGGCUACACUUUGGAAACGGCUGGGGCAUCAUCGACGCGUCCAACCGUUCGUUGGGAGAUGGGGACCUUCAAGCCCUCGUCCGGACAGCCAUGAUUUGCAAAGCGCAUGGGCACCCUUUGCGAGAGCUGAACCUUGGUGGCAACAAACUGACGGACGCUGGCCUCAAAGAGGUGUUGGCGUUGCUGCGUCAGGACUGUGAAGUGCAGCACGCUGGCUCACCACGAGAGGAAGGGUCUCCAAGAGUCAGCAGCAUGCUGGAGUCCCUCAGCAUUGCGUGCAACUCGCAGCUGUACUUCCGAGACAGGCUGCUGGUGGAGUCACUCCCUCGGUCCAUUGCAAGCUUGACAUCCUUGACUGCCCUGGACAUCUCUUUUGCACCUCUGAAUGGAAAGGUGGCAAUCAGUUUAGCCAAAGCUCUUGCGGAGUCAUGCAGAACUUUGAGAAGCCUCUCUUUGGCAGGAUGUGGUCUGGGCUCAUGCGGGCAAGCUGACUGUGUUGCCAUAGCUGCCCUUCUUGGACGGGCGGCAGCAGAGGUGCAUUCGCACGCCCAUGAUUUCGCUGAUGUCUUGAAGGAAAAUAGAUGGCAGGACCUGAGCGACCGCACAUUGGAAAAGGGUCCUUCCAACAUGCCGGAUAGUACCACAGCAUUCCUGCAGCAAAGGUUGGAGAUGGCGCCCUUCGGGGUGGAAGCCGGCACCGGUCAUCAUGCCAAGGCCUGGCAGAGUGGUCCUUGGUCGCACGUCCUGGCCUCCUUGACGAACUUGGGGAGCUCUCGGGUGGUGAACCGAUUCCAUCGCACUGCGGCCAUGACAGGAUGCGCGGCCGCCCAGGCAUGGCGAAACGCCCUGUCCAUCAGUCCUGGGGUGCUGGAUGAGGUGCUGGCGGCCGUGACUGUGAGGAGCCUGGGCAAAGGGCACUGGCGAUCUGCCAUUGAUUUUCUAUCAGAAGCUACUGCUCGACACUUUCGGGUGAAGCUGAAUGUGGUGAGCUACAGUACUGUCAUCUCUGCAUGUGAGAAGGCCGUGCGUUGGCCAGAAAUCUUGAGCAUUGUGGAUGGUAUGCUGCCACGCGUCAGCCCCAAUGAAGUCUCCCUUGGUGCUGCGAUCGCUGCAUGCGAGAAGGCUGGGGCUUGGCAAGUGGCUUUGUCGCUGUUAGUCGACUUCAAGGACUGCGAUGUAAAGCUUAACACCGUUGUCUACAACGCCGCAAUUCUUGCAUGCAGAGGCUUUAGCUGGGUAAGUGCCCAGAUGCUGCUGAAUGACCUGAAGUGCCAACAGAUCUCAGCAGAUGCUAUCACCUACAGCUCCUUCACGGCCGUUGAAGCCAAGGCAGGCAGAUGGCAAUCAGCAAGCAUGUUUGUAUCGCACUCCUGCAGUCCCAUUCAGCUGGGUGCCAGUUUGAGCGCCUUCACUGCGGGCAGAUGGCCCACCUGGCCUUGGGCCGUCCAUUUGGUGGCACAGCUGCAGCAGCACGGUGGGCAGACAGAUGAAGUGUGCUGCAAUGCCAUGGCCACCGCAUGCGAACGACAGGAUCAAUGGUGCGCUGCCCUUACACUGGUGGACAGGGAAGUCACAGCUGAAUUCUUGGGAGACAAGAGCUGGAGACUUGCCAAACUGAGUCAGCUAGGGGAAAGGCCUAAGAGUUGGAAUCUGGAGCCUGGUAGCGAUUUGGAGGAUCUGAGUUUCUCCAAAUUAGUGGUUGGGAUGUGGGCUGCUGCGUCCUUAUCCGCGGAAGCACACGAAAGCAGCCAAUUGUGUUGGGAGGCAAUGUGUAGACUGACACGUGGUGAUGCAUCCCAUCUAAGCGUGGACAACAUGGCCAAGUUGGCAUGGUCAAUCAGCAUGCUCCCACCAUGCUCAGCAACACCUCUGGCACUGCACCGUCUUCAACGUGAGCUUGCGCAGCGGGCUGAACGCCUUCGAUAUGCGACUGAAACUGGAGAGGGCCAAGGAUUUGUGCAAGCUUUUGUGGAUGAAGCCUUAACCGUGUUGUGGUCCAGUUCGUUCGCAGGCUUUUUGUCUGACGCCGCAGCUCACUCUGUGUGGCACCUGCAAUCUGCAACAGACCAGAUUCAUCCAGUAGAGUGGCUGGGUGUGCCAGACCCAUCCAAAUCAUCCAGGAUCGGUGAAGCGUAUGUGGUUCAACUGCUGCCUGAGCAGCUGGUGAUCUUCAAACCACCAGGGUGGGAGGUGGACUAUGCCACAGCAUCCACAGCCGCAGGGCUAGCAGAAGGCGUGCUGCGCAGUAAGCUUUCCGACUUCGUAAGAGCCUGGCUGACACCACGACAAUUUCGUUGCAGGCAGAAUGGUUUUUUGCAUCGCCUGGACGUUCCGAGUUCCGGUCUUAUUUUGGCCGCCACUGGCAGGAAGGCCUUCGAUGAUCUCAAGAUGCAGAUAGCCAUGGGCAAAGUCAAGAGAGACUACAUGGUACUAUGCCACGCCUGGCUUCCACCCAGGGACCAGGUGAAUGCUCCGGUUCAUUGGUUGGGACGGCUCCAGCAUAGACCCAGCGAGGUCGCAAUGGGCCGCUGCUCCCGGACCACGCUGACCGUUUCUCAGCACUUGAGCGCCCAAAGGGUCCAUGGGGCCCACGCUUCCACAGCCUGCAGCUUUCUGAGGCUUCGCAUCAUCACAGGGCGGCGGCACCAAAUUCGUUUGCACUUGGCUCACAUUGGUGGCCCAGUGGUUGGGGAUCGCAAAUAUACAGGUCUCCCAUCACAGGUGGCAGAUGCGCAAUGGUGUGGUGAACAUUGCCUUCACCGGUGUAGCUUGACUUUUUUCACUGCCAGCUUUGCCAACUCCAGUACUGCGCCUGCCAAACAGGUGCGGACCUUUGAGGAGAUGCCAGCAAGGCUGAAGCGGGUCAUAUCCCACCUUCGUGUGGUGAAGGACUUUCGGGCGGAACAUGGGUUGAUGCGGAGGAAAACGGGCCGCCGGCUUCCCCGGCUUGGAACGCCUGGUGCCACAGAUCUGGUAGCGUCACCAGCCCUGGUGCGGACCUCUCGGGCAACUUCUUUGGCGCAGCGGGGUUCCUUGCAGCCGCUGUGGCGAUUGGUGACUGCAGGUGCAGUGGCCAUGGAAAAUCUGUUGAUUUUGCAACUUGUCACGGCAGGAGCGCUGCGGUGGCUCACUCUUGCCAGCAAUGGAAAUCCACCCAGCGAGGGGAGCGACAAAGUGGAGAUUCCGUUUUGCAGGCACUUCCUGCGAAUGUCCGAUGGCGAGACCGAGAAGGAGCGAGAGGCUUUGGCGCUGCAUUCCAGGCAGAAUCCGCUGCAACUCUUCUUGGAGGGCCUGCUGGUGAACGACACCCUGGAAGAGUUGGACCUCAGCAACUGCGGGGUUGGCAUCGAUACCGCCUGGGUGCUACAGGAGGCACUCGCAGGACAUACAAAGCUGCAGACCCUUCGGCUCUGUGAAAAUCCACUGGGUGAAGCAGGUUUGCGACACAUCCUGCGGCUCCUCACCGAGAUGGGGGAUGUGGCAGGUAUCGAUCUGUUUGGACAUCGCGAAGCUGACAUCAGAUGUCCUCCUGUGAAGUACCGUCAUGCUCAUCCUGCUGGAAAUUACAAGCUUGACAUGAGCCUCGUAGCAGAUCGAGCCAUCCUUCGCACCUUGCUGCGCCAUGCGAGGGCCACUUACGGUCACAGCCUCAGUGCUGUUGGUUUCUGCGUUGAUGCUGAACUGCACCACUUUUUGAGCUACACCACUUUAAGCAUCAGGGCAGAUACCUCCAACCCGAAAGGCGCAGCAUGGCCCGCCGUGGCCGGGAUCAGUAAAAGAUUUCAGCCGCAGAUUUUGGCUGGUGCCAUGCUUUGGGACUUGCAACGUGAGUAUUCCCAGCCGAUCCGCUGGGGGCGUAGUGAGACUAAGGUGAUGUACAUGCCACCAUUGUCAGAGGCCAGCCAUCGUCGCGCCAAAGAGGCCGAAGUGGAACAGUUGAGGGAGGCGGAGACCUCCGAGGGGGGGCCACGCAGGCACGCGGCAGCUUCGUUGGAUCCAACGGACGCUUGGGUUCCUUUGAUUCAGGUGUCGCCAAUGUCCUAUGGCACUGGUCAUCAUGGCAGCUUAAGUAUGUCGUUUGAAGGACUGCUGCCAAUGACGAAGGAAAAAACACAGGUUGAGGAGAAGCCUCAAAUCCAACCUGGGUUAGCAGGAACACCUGAAGGCGAUUGGAUCGAGGUGCAUGAGCUGCUACAGGACUGCCGAGUCAAGGUAAGUUCCGCCAGAUUCCAGCUCAUCAAGCAAGCCUUCCUGGCGAGCGUCACCGAUGAGGAGCGCUUCCGCUUCGCUCGCGCGUUGGCCAAAGAGCUCUGGUGCAAUCAGCUGCAGGUGUGGAAUUUGGUGGAGAGUCGAGUAGAACUGGCUACCGAGCUGGUGUGCCUCCUGUUUCCAUGCAUCAGAAGUCGGAAGCAUCAGCUUGCCUUGCUCCAGCAAGUGGAACCUGCAAAAGCAAAAAAGGUGGGGGACUCGCUUCGCGGCUUACUCUGGUUCCAAGAUGCCAACCCAACUGGUAGUUACAACUUGGACUUGUCAGCGCCACCGGACUAUGCCCUGGCAGAAGCCUGCUUGCUGGUCAAUGCAUGGGAAUCAGAAUCCGCCCGCUGUGCUGGCAGACCUGAUCUAUCUCAAUCAGGCAAUGGAGAGAUGAUUCGCAACGAGGCAUACAACGAUACACCCUUCGUCUACUCGAAGGACUGGCGCCUUCCUAGUCGAGGCUGGUUUCGUUUCGACUACUCCUCCACGCGCCGGCCACCACCAGACGCAACCAGUACCACGGAGGUCUCUGAAAUCACCCGGCUGUUGAGAAACAAGGAGCUGAGCAGCCGCUCCAGACUGGAAGCCUUGCGCGCUGCCAGCGUGCACAUUUUCAUUUCGAGCAAUCAGUGCAGGGCGUUGGUUCAGUGUUUCCCAGCUGCAGUCGAGUGCUCGUCUCCGGAAGCCAUCAACAGUGGUCUUGACGAGUCCCCUGAUCGGCAAGAGGCGCUGUGUAUCCUCCACACCCGGGUGGUGGACCGGGAGAGAAUGCUUGGGCCGGAGGUCUUGUAUUCGCCGGUGGUGGUGUCUCAGAUUGGCAUGACCAAUUCCGGUGGGGCCGUGCGAGUGCGUGGCGGGAUGUUCAAGACCGGGGACUUGGAGAUGAAAACCGCAGAGGUGCAACUCCCUCCCGUUGCCUCUGGUGAUGGUGGGCACAGCCAAAAUUCCGCUGAGGAGCGGAGGGAUCAAAACUUCAAGCUGGCGCACGAUCCGAAUUCAGCCUACUUCAACUUCCUGAUUGUCUUCAAGGAGCAGGAUGUUUUGGUCCUAUAUCGCCGGUUGGGAGUUCUGCAUUUGUUGAACCCCUACAAGCCGGAGGUUUUGCGAAUGCCUGUGAAUCUGGACAUCUUCGAGCAGCACCGUGUGGUGGACUUUUUGGUCCAGCUGGCGACACUGGAAACGGGCAGUCGCGUGCUUUGCUGGCUUGAUGGCACUCAGGUGUGUGUUCCAGCCUCCUGGGGUGACAAAGGAGUACCUCGCACCAAUGCCCUGCUGACAGUCUCCUACGAGGGGCAUAACAGCUCCUUCGCCUCGCGGCAGGUGCCCCGUUUCAGCCCUUUCUAUUCCUGA